AUGCUGGGCAGCGUGGGAGGCCGGCAUGUGUCUACGCGUCGACGAGGCAGUAGCCCGCUGGUGCGUGCAGGUGCAGGCCUCAAUCCACAUGGAGCACUUGGUAAUGGUAUGUCAUCAGAUGCACCAAGAUAUACAAGAAGACGUCGUGCAGUCACAACCAGUGACCACAAAAGCUGUGCUCUUGUACAAACACGUCUCAAGCUCGGUGACAUUAUGUUGGCAGCAGCGCAAGAGGCGGCACAAAGGGACCCUGCAUACACGAGUCAGUACAGGAGAAGGCAGAGGUCGGCGAGACUAAGUGGUCUAGGUGACUGGGCUAGCUUUGGAGGGGAGGUUCCUGGUCUGGUCGUCAUGGCACCAGGCCGGGAUCAGGGUGGAGGGGCGGCCGGGGCAUCGAAAUUGCCCACCUCAUUGUUUUUCUUAUCUGAGGAUAAUUUUAUAAGAAAACAUACACGUUUUAUAAUUGAAUGGCCGCCCUUCGAGUACGCCGUCCUAUUAACUAUCAUCGCAAAUUGCGUUGUACUCGCCCUUGAGGAACAUUUGCCAAAGCAUGACAAGACCGUUUUAGCCCAAAAAUUAGAAGCUACAGAAAUAUAUUUUCUAGCAAUAUUUUGUGUCGAGGCGAGCCUUAAAAUCUUGGCACUCGGCUUUGUUCUACAUCGUGGCUCUUAUCUUCGAAACAUUUGGAACAUCAUGGAUUUUUUUGUUGUCGUUACUGGGUUCAUCACGGUGUUCUCACAUGGACUUAGCGUGGAUAUGGAUCUACGUACAUUGCGUGCAAUACGCGUGUUGCGACCACUCAAACUUGUAUCCGGAAUACCGAGUCUUCAGGUUGUUCUCAAGUCCAUCAUCAAGGCAAUGGCACCAUUAUUACAAAUUGGAUUAUUGGUGCUUUUUGCAAUUGUUAUAUUUGCCAUCAUUGGACUUGAAUUUUAUUCUGGUACAUUACACAAAACAUGCUACAGUAUUGAGGAUGUCAGUAUUAUUAUAAAAGAAGGUGAUUUUCCAAGUCCUUGUAAUACUGAUAAAAAAUGGGAAGCACCAAUGGGAUCACAUGUUUGUGAUCGUAAUGUAUCAGUUUGUCUUGAUAAAUGGGAUGGACCAAAUGGUGGUAUUACGAGUUUUGACAACAUUGGAUUUGCCAUGUUAACUGUCUUCCAGUGUAUCACAAUGGAGGGCUGGACUGCCAUAUUGUACUGGACGAACGAUGCACUUGGCAGCUACUUUAACUGGAUAUACUUUAUACCAUUGAUUGUCCUUGGGUCUUUCUUUAUGCUGAAUCUUGUUCUUGGUGUUCUCAGUGGAGAAUUUGCAAAAGAAAGAGAAAAAGUGGAAAAUCGUCAGUCAUUUUUAAAGAUGCGUAGAAAUCAACAGCUUGAAAGAGAACUAAAUGGUUACGUCGAGUGGAUCUGCAAAGCAGAGGAAGUUAUACUUGCUGAAGAAAGAACAACAGAAGAAGAAAAAAUGCACAUAAUAGAGGCAAGAAGAAGAGCCAUAAAAGCACAAAGAAAAAAAUUAAAAAAUCUUGGAAAAAGUAAAAGUACAGACACUGAAGAUGAGGACAAUGAUGAUGAUCCAGGUGAUGAUGCUCCAUUUGUUUCAGAGUCAAAGAAAAAACUAAAAGGUUUUUCAAGAACAUCAUAUCUGAGAUCACGAGUUAAAAAUCAAGGUGCUUGUCUACAAUUUUGGCGUGCUGAAAAACGUCUUAGAUUUUGGAUACGUCAUGCUGUUAAAACUCAAACAUUUUAUUGGGUUGUUAUUGUUCUUGUAUUUUUUAAUACAGUAUGUGUAGCUGUUGAACACUACAAUCAACCACAAUGGCUUAGUGAUUUUCUCUAUCUUACUGAGUUUAUAUUUCUUGGACUAUUUAUGUGUGAAAUGUUUAUUAAAAUGUAUGCACUUGGUCCAAGAAUAUAUUUUGAAUCAAGUUUCAAUCGUUUUGAUUGUGUCGUUAUAUUAGGCUCAAUAUUUGAAGUAAUAUGGUCGGCGGUCAAGUCCGGCUCAUUCGGUCUUUCCGUCCUGCGUGCAUUACGUUUAUUAAGAAUAUUUAAAGUUACAAAAUAUUGGGCGAGUUUAAGAAAUCUUGUUAUUUCACUUUUAAAUUCAAUGAGAAGUAUUAUAUCACUUUUGUUCCUACUCUUCCUUUUCAUUCUAAUAUUUGCUUUACUUGGUAUGCAAUUAUUUGGUGGACAAUUCAGCUUUCCAAAUGGUACACCACCAACAAACUUUGACACAUUUCCUAUUGCAUUGUUAACUGUCUUCCAAAUUUUGACUGGUGAAGAUUGGAAUGAAGUGAUGUAUCAAGGUAUUGAAUCACAAGGUGGACAUAGAAAAGGAGGAAUGAUUUAUUCUUUAUAUUUCAUUGUUCUUGUACUAUUUGGCAAUUACACAUUGUUAAAUGUGUUCUUGGCUAUCGCUGUUGAUAAUUUGGCAAAUGCCCAAGAACUAACAGCAGCUGAAGAAGGACAAGAAGAAGAAGAUAAAGAAAAACAAUUACAAGAACUUGAAAAAGAAAUGGAAGCACUACAAAUGCCUAAUGAUAAUGGACCAAAAGUCGAAAUAUCACCACCAAGUCCAUCAUCAAGAAAUUUUGGUGGAGGUAAAGGUGCAACAGAAUCAUCUGAAGAAAAAAAACAGGAGGAUGAAGAUGACACGGGACCAAAACCAAUGCUGCCAUACUCCUCCAUGUUUAUAUUAACUCCAGCAAACCCUGUAAGGAGAACUGCUCAUUGGGUUGUUAAUUUACGAUAUUUCGAUUUUUUUAUAAUGGUCGUAAUAUCAUUAUCAAGUAUUGCACUUGCAACUGAAGAUCCAGUCGAUGAACACUCACCAAGAAAUACAAUAUUAAAUUAUUUUGAUUAUGCGUUUACUGGUGUUUUUGCGAUAGAGAUGAUUCUCAAGGUCAUUGAUCUGGGAAUCAUACUCCAUCCUGGCUCGUAUUUACGCGAGUUUUGGAACAUAAUGGACGCUGUUGUUGUUAUUUGUGCUGUUGUAUCAAUGGGUUUUGAAAUGACUGGUAGUUCAGCAGGACAAAAUUUAUCAACAAUUAAAUCAUUACGUGUAUUACGUGUUCUUCGACCAUUAAAAACUAUAAAACGUGUGCCUAAAUUAAAGGCAGUGUUUGAUUGUGUUGUUAAUAGUUUAAAAAAUGUCAUAAACAUACUUAUUGUAUAUAUAUUAUUUCAAUUUAUAUUUGCUGUUAUUGCAGUACAAUUAUUUAAUGGUAAAUUUUUUUACUGCAAUGACGAAAGCAAAAGAACUAGAGAAGAGUGCCAGGGUGAAUAUUUCGUGUAUGAAGAGGAAUCAUCAAUACUGCCAACACCAAAAAAACGCUCAUGGCAGCCACAAAGUUUUCAUUAUGACAAUGUUAUGGCAGCAAUGUUGACACUAUUUGCUGUACAAACUGGUGAAGGUUGGCCACAAAUAUUGCAACAUUCAAUGGCUGCAACACAUGAAGAUGAGGGUCCUAUACAUAAUUUUCGUAUUGAAAUGUCCAUAUUUUACAUAAUAUACUUUAUUGUAUUUCCAUUCUUCUUUGUAAACAUAUUCGUUGCCUUGAUUAUUAUUACAUUUCAAGAACAAGGUGAGGCUGAAUUGCAAGAUGGUGAAAUUGAUAAAAAUCAGAAAUCAUGUAUAGAUUUUACGAUAGGUGCAAGACCUUUAGAAAGGUAUAUGCCGAAUAAAAGAAACAGUAUAAAGUACAAAAUAUGGAGAAUUGUUGUAUCAACACCAUUUGAAUAUUUCAUUAUGAUACUCAUUGUUUUAAAUACACUACUACUCAUGAUGAAGUAUCACGAGGCACCGCCGGUUCUAUUGGACACCUUAUCAAUAGUGAACAUGGUCGUCACUCUACUUUUCUUCAUUGAGUGCAUCCUUAAAGUCAUCGCCUUUGGAUGCAAGAAUUUCUUCAAAGAUCCUUGGAACACAUUUGAUUUCAUCACGGUCAUCGGUAGUAUCGUGGAUGCACUUGUAGUCGAAUUUGGGCACUUCCUAGUAAGCACUCCGCAACCUACUUCACCUGAUGCAGAUCAAGUUGCGGAAAAUUUUAUAAACGUUGGAUGUUUGAGGCUUUUUCGUGCUGCAAGACUGAUUAAAUUACUUCGACAAGGAUAUACAAUACGAAUAUUACUGUGGACAUUUGUGCAAUCAUUCAAGGCUUUGCCGUAUGUUUGUCUACUUAUUGCCAUGCUGUUUUUUAUCUACGCCAUCAUUGGCAUGCAGGUUUUUGGUAACAUCGCAUUGGAUCCAGAAACAUCAAUUUAUGAACACAACAAUUUUCAAAGUUUUAUUCAAGGUCUGAUGUUACUAUUUCGAUGUGCAACUGGUGAAGCAUGGCCAAGUAUAAUGUUGUCAUGUAUCAAAGGAAGACACUGUGAUGUACGAGCUAAACAAGAUGUUGAAGGAUGUGGCUCAAAUUUAGCCUAUGCAUACUUCGUAUCAUUCAUAUUUUUUUGCUCAUUUUUAAUGCUUAAUUUAUUUGUUGCUGUUAUUAUGGAUAAUUUUGACUACCUCACACGUGAUUCAUCAAUACUUGGUGCUCAUCAUCUUGAUGAAUUUGUUAGAAUAUGGGCUGAAUAUGAUCCAAAUGCAACUGGUAGAAUACAUUUUACUGAAAUGUAUGAUAUGCUUAAAAAUAUGGAUCCACCACUUGGAUUUGGUAAUAAAUGUCCAAAUAGACUUGCAUAUAAAAAACUUAUUAGAAUGAAUAUGCCAGUUGAUGAUGGUGGUAAAGUUGCAUUUACAACAACAUUAUUUGCAUUGAUUAGAGAAAAUCUCAGUAUUAAAAUGAGAGCUGCUGAAGAGAUGGAUCGAGCUGAUAAUGAAUUACGAGAUACUGUUAGAGCUAUUUGGCCUUUACAAGCUAAAAAAAUGUUGGACCUUUUGAUACCUAGGAAAGAUGAAUUAAAUAAAGGCAAAUUGACUGUCGGUAAGAUAUAUGCUGGUUUACUCAUCCUCGAAAAUUGGAGAACAACUAAGUUUGGCCAAAUUGAGCCAACUGGACCACAGAGCGAUAACGAUAUUGAUAACGAUUCUGCUGGGCAUAGUCAUCCAGCCCAUGCGCAUUCAACAUUCUUCAACUGCCUGAUGGACAUUGCUGGGGUUAAUCACACUGGUAAUAAUCAUCAUGGAAGCCGUUUAAACAGUCUCGAGCCAAAUGAUGGAGAACAUGAUGAGCAUGAUGAACAUGAUGAGGAUGGUGCCAUUGGUACUCUUGUUGCCGCCGAGCAUAGACGUCAACGAAGCUUCAGAAAUAAAAAGGUGAACUGGAAGAUGUCCCACCAGUACGAUAAACUAGGGAGCAGCGGAGAGAGUAGCCAGGGAGGGGGUGGGUCUGGGGUUGUACAUGUUGUUAGAAACAAUGUGGAUCGGGGCCCCGAGCUAGAGCCAUUGCUGGCUGAGUCCUCCCAGGACCAGUAUCAUCAUAAUCACAACAACAAAUACUACAAUUAUGAUUAUGAUAAAAAUUAUCAUCAUCACUACCACCAUCAUCAUCAUCAUCAUCAUCGUCAUGAUCAUCGACAAACCUCGUACUAUCAACACCAGAACACCUACGCACCUCGCUCCUCAAUCCGCUACCUCAAGGAUCCACAUGAUGUUGUGAUAAGUGAUUCACGAGGAGGCAGUAUGGAGAGUUUAACACACAAUGGAGAAAGACUUCAUCCUCAUCAACCACAUCAUCCACCUAGACAUCAUUCACGAUCACCAAGUUUAAGAAGACAUUCACCAAAUCAUCGAUCACCAUCACCAACAAGAAGGCAGAGAUUUGAUUCAAAUGCCUAUCAUGAAACAGUAGGCUUUAGUGAUACAGUUAGUAAUGUCGUUGAAAUUCAGAGGCAUACACAUGGCCCUCAUUCACAGUACAAUCAUCGACAUAAAAUAAGAGACUAUUACGACAACUCCGACUAUUACAAUGAUGGUCCAUGGAGUGCAUCAACAAGUCCAGCACGUUCACCAAGUCCAGUAUCAAGAAUGAAUCAUAGUCGUCAUCAUUAUGGUACAACAAGUUUAGAACAAAGAUCAAGAAGUCCAAGUCCAAUUGGUGGACGUCGUCAAGGUUCACAUCAUCAUCAUCAUCAUCAUCCACAUCAACAUAGUUAUCCAGUUUUAGUAACACGUCGUGGACAAGGUAGAAGAUUACCACCAACACCAAAUAAACCAUCAACAUUACAAUUAAAACCAUCAAAUAUAAAUUUUCCAAAAUUAAAUGCAUCACCAACUCAUGGACCACAUUUAUCACAACAACAACAACAACCACAACAACAAUUGCAACAAUCACAACAACAUGUACCAAUAACACCUGGUGGUUUACCAGCACAAAUAAGUAUUGGUGGUGUACCACUUAGUUUUGAACAAGCUGUUGCAAUGGGUCGUGGUGGACGUUUACUGCCAAGUCCAGUUCCAAAUGGUUAUAAGCCAACAAGUGGACCAUCAAAACAACAACAACAACAACGUACACCAAGAACAAGACAUUCAGAUAGUGAUGAAGAUGAUUGGUGCUAGCCAAUGUGGGACCCUGGACGGUGGUCAGCUGAUUCUGACGUUUUCUCAAAUGGUCUUAAAGCCUGUGCAUGACGAUAAAUAUUUUUUCAAUUUUUUUAAAUCAUUUUAUUUAUAUUUAUUCAUUUGCACAUAUUCGUCAUUGAGAUUUACGAUAACCUGAAGGGGUCAAACAGCUAUUUAAAUUAUUCAAUGAAAGUUGGUUUAGUAAUUAAAAUAUGAAGACUCAUUAAAACAAUGAAACUCAAAAUUUUUUUUUAAAUUGUUCAUUGUGUCUUUUUUUUUUUUUGUUUUCAACAAGUAUUUUGCAAUUAUGCAAGUUUAUAGAUAAUAAAGUGCUGUGUAAGAAUGAUUUUUGGAUCAUUUUCAGUAUCCAUUUAAAUAAUUUACGUGAUAUGUAUAUAUGCGUAUACGUAUUUGUGAGAUUUAGGAAUAAAUUAAAUAAUUAAAUAAUUUUAAAGAAAGUUUUGUUCAUCGGAUGUUUGUAUUUUAAAUAUUAAUUAAUAUUUUAAGACGCAUAUUUGUGGUUUUUAUUUAUUAAAAUUAAUAUUUUAAUAAUUUUAUAAUUGUCUUUAAAUUAUAAUAUUAAUGAGACAUGUUUUUUAUACGAUUAUAAUUAUUAGAUUUAUUUUUGUUUUUAUGUUUAAUUCAUUUUUAUAUUUAUUUAUUUAUAAAUAAAAUUUUUCAAAUAAUCUCAAACGAUUAUGAGAUUUGAAAGAGAAUAUAUUAUUGUUUUACUUUUUUAAAUAUUAAAAAAUAAAUAAAAACAAUGAAUAUGCGUCUUUUUUAAUACAAUAAAUUAUUAAUUAAUAAUUUUUUUCUUUUCUGGUGGAUUAAUGAGAGCCGGAUUCUCACCAAUAAUUAUUUAAUAAAUUUAGAUAAAUCAAUAUUAUCAAUGAUCAUUGAUAAUCGUGUCAGUGACGCAUCUCCGAUUAUUAUAAUUAUGAACAAAUAUUUAUUUAAAAAAACAAAUUAAAUAAUCAACUUAUAAAAUUAUUUAAAUAAAUUAUAUAUUAAUAAAAGUGCUUAUGUAUGUAUAUAGCAUAAUAAUAAUUUUAAAAGACUUUAUUAAAAAUUUAAAAAAAUAAAUAAAUUUGAAUAAUUAAAUUUCCAUGACGUAAUGUUGUAGGAUUUUUAAAAAAAAAUAUAAAUAAUUUUCGACAUUGUCGGGCAUUACUGUAUAGUAAUUUCGAUUGAAUGUAAAGUAAAUAAAUUCUUUAAAAAAAAAUUUACAAAACAAAAAACAUAAAAAAGAAAAAAAUGAAUGAGUCAAAAAAUUAAAUAUGUAAAUUAAUUUGGAUGAAAGGAUCCUGAUCAUAAAAUUGCAUUAAAUUUAAUUUUUUUUAAAUAAAUUAUUAAUGCUUUUUUUUGGUUUGAAGUGAAAUUAUUAUGAAAUUUUCGUUGUGUCGUUUAGAUAUCACUCUCGUGUUUUCACUACACUUAAAAAUGAAAAUGAAAAAAAAAAAUGAUUUAAAAAUUAUUAAGUAUGCAAUUGUGAAAAUAAUAUGUGUGAUUAUUAAUUUAUAAAAAACAAUAAUGGAGGCGACCGAGACCAACUGAAAUUAACGAGUUUAAUUAACGAAUUUUUGGGUAUUUAUUUGAUAUUUUUUAUUUAUUAAUGAAAGAAAAAAUCAAAUAAAUAAUUAUAAUCAUAAAAAAAUCAACUUUGGCGGUUGUAAAGUGUUGCCAAUAUGUUUGUUCACGUGAAAAUCUCAUAAAUCAUAAUUACCUGAAACAAAAAAAAAAUAAAUUAAUUAAAACAAUGCGAAUGCCACACUUUGUUCGUGCCAAUCCGUAAAAUUAAAAUUUUUUUUUUUCGUUUUUUUUUUUAGAUUUAAUUUGGUUCGGAUCUCCAAAAUAACUAGAAUUUCUUCAUUGAUUUUUUAUUAUCAUAAAAUUAAUGACUAGCUAAUUGACUUUAACAGAAAUAAAAAUGCGUUAAACACAUUAUUACAUACUGCCAAUUGAAGACGAAGUAAAUCUAGAAAGAAAAACGAAAAUAUUAUUUUGAAAAAAAGAAAUAUGAUAAUAGAAAAAAAGAUAAUCCACCGAGAUGGAAAUAUAUAUUCUGCCCGGGUGUUGAUAAUAAUGGCUGAAUCGAAAACGAAUUGAAUACAAAAAUAAAUUUAUCUGAAUAGUUAAAAAUUAAUUAGAUGAUAAUUAAAAUAAUAAUUGCGGAGCUUGUAGGUCUGCAUAGAUUUUUAUCAAAAAAUAAAAUAAUAUCAUCUGUACUUAUACUCAUUUAUAUAUCAUUUUGUUUAUUCCCAAAAUUAAAAUGAGAUUCGCAAAGUCUCCCUUAAGUGCUUUACAAACUCAAUCGUAUUCCAUAAGUGGCAUAGAUAAUUAAUUAAUUAAAUAAAUACGAAACAGAACAAUAAGACCAAAUACUUGAAAAUCUGUUAUGAUAUAUAUUAUAUCAAAGUGUUUCAAAUGUUAAAUUAUUAACAAAACAAUUUUUUCUGUGAUAAACCUUAAACGAAAAUCGUAGAAAUGAAAAAAUAAUUUAAAAAAAAAAAUAAUUAAAAUGCAAAAAAUUAAGUAGAUUUUUUUCUUCUGGUCUUUAAUGUUUUUGUAGAAAAAAAAAAAAACACUUGACCAUAACAAUAGUUUUAAAUAAAUAAAAUCGAAUCAUUAAAUUUAAAUAGAUAAAUAGAAAAAAAUAAAUAGAUUCAGAAAUAAAUCAUUGAAAACAGUUUGAAUAAUUAAAUUAAAUUUUAAAUAUUUCGAAUUAGUAAUGUUUCGAAAUUAUUUCUUAUUAAAAAAAAUAUAAUAAAUUAAAGAAAAAAUAAAAUUUCCAUUUUUGCGAUAAUUUUCAUUCAGAUUAAAUAAUUAAUAAUAUACAAUAAUAGUCAUUAAUAUUAAUAGUUCAUCAUUGAAAAACAUUUUUCCCAAUUUUAUGAACAAAGCACCUUCAGGAUGACAAUGUCGGUCCCAAACGAUUGUUUAUAUAAAAUUUUCAAUCUCCGUGUAUAACUUAUGUCUUAGUAAUUUUAAUUUUGAAAAUUAAAUUCUUUUUCAAUUUCAAAUUUUUAUAAAAAUAAUUACAAACAAUAUUAAAUGGAAUUAGAAAAAUGAUAAAAUUUUAUUUCAUUAAUUAUUAAAGCCUGAGAGUGCCGUUGCUUAAUUAAUUAAAAAAAAAAACAUUAACGAAUUAAAAUUUUAAUAAAUAAAUUCAUUGAUAAUUUAUAUAUUUAUUUUAUUUUUUCAAUAUCUUCAUGUGUAAUAUAAAGCAUUGCUUGUACACUAACAAUUAAAUUCAAUAAAUCAUUAAUUUUUUUAUUCUUUGUAAAUUAAAUAAUUAAAAAAUAAAUCACCAUCGUUCAGUAAAUAAUUUAAGAUAAUAAAACAUACAAAAGAGUUUCAAAUUUAAACGUAUACGACGACGAAUAUUGUUCUAAAUAAUUUAUUAAUAGUAAUUUAAAAAACAUUUAAUCCUGAUUUAUCACAACACUCAUCACUUUGCUACCGCCACUAACAAAAAAAUACAAACAAAUAAACAAUUGCAUAAUAAAACAAGCAAAAAAAAAAAUAAAACAACAAAAUUGAGAUGUUAAAAAAAA